AUGGAUUUUGAUAUCGAUGCUGUUCUUGAUCAAUUGGAAAAGAAAUUAAAUCAAUCAGAUCUUGAAGAAAAACAAGCCAUUGAAACACCUCCAGCAGUUUCUACUUCUGCUUCUGCUUCUCCUCCCUCAACAUCACCACUACCGCCGAUAAAAUCAGUCGAUGAUCUAUCUUUAUUCGAUCUUGAUCCACUCAGCCACUCAGAAUAUCAAACAAACGAGCACGAAGGAAGCAAACUCGACAGUUUUCAACAAGAUCUUCAAGAUUUAUACGCAUCAUCUAUAGUUGUCGAUCCACUGGUCGCACCUUCUUCUGUUCCUAUUCUACCAGAUGUUCCCGAUCAGCAAGAAGACGUUUUUUCAACUUCGUUGCCUCUGGCUGUCGAGCAACUCGAAAUCGAAGUUCGAGAAGAAAUCUUACAACACACUCAGGAGCAACCUCUACCUGACGGUCACCAUGAAAAAACACAAGAAGCCACGUCUUUAUCAACUUCAAUUGAGGAAGAACAACAAUCACCAUUAGCAACAACAGAUACCAAAGAAAUCGUUGAAAAUGAAUCUGAUUGUAUUUCACACGAUGCAUCUCCUACUCAAACACAAUCGGUGUUACACAGUGUUGAUAGUAUUGUUAAUGCAACGACGAUGGCGGACCUUGAAGAUUAUGUUGCUCCUAAUCCAUCUGGAAUUGACGUUGAACCACUUCAAACAUCAUCGGAAUUGCUCUUUACUCCAUGUGAAGAUAAUGAGGAAAAUACAAUUGAAAUACCAUCGGAAGAAAUGAAAACGGAUGAGUUACUCCAUUUACCACUUCCUUCUUCGUCAACAUUAACGACGAGUACAACGCAAAGUCAAGAUUUUGAUCUUGUAAAGAAUAUUCUAUCGGAAAUUUUCGAUAAACCCGAAGAAGAGUUAUUAGAUGAAGAUUUAGUUGAUGAAAAGGAAACGAAUGUCGAACAGCAAGAACCUCUUCCAAUCGCGCCUACAAAUAAUAACGAAGAUUUCCGUUUUCUCGACGAAAUGCUCGCCAGUAUCGACGUCUCCGACGCUGAUAUUCAUCAAUUAACUCCUGCAGAGAUCGAACGGGUUGAUAAUUUACUCAAAGAUAUCGCUAAUUUACAGCAAACAACUGAGGAAAAUCAAUCUGAUUCUCAAUCUCCUCCUUUCGAGCGACCGCCAACUCCUGUGGAAGCUACCGAAGUGCCAGCAGCAGCAGCAGCAGCCGCUGCCACAGCUGCUGCGGUUCCUGUUGACGAAGAAUUGGUUCGUGUCGAGCAGGAAUGGGCGAAACUAACCGACGAACAAAAACGACUUGGUUCUAUCGCACCGGACUGGGUCAGCGAUGACCUCGCUCCGGCAUGUAUGAAAUGUACAAAUAAAUUUUCGAUUACUCGUCGUCGACAUCAUUGCCGCGCGUGUGGCAAAGUGUUCUGUUCAACUUGUUGUUGGCAAAAAGUGAAAUUAAUUCAUGAUGAUAGUAAAGAAGAUCGGGCAUGUAACGAUUGCGUGAAAACAAUCACUGAAGUCGAAUAUUUAUGGAAUUAUAUGCGCAAUAAUCAAAGGCCUCGUUCAUCGGUACUACGAAAACGAACAGUGCGAUAUGGAACUGUGUAG